GUAUGAAAGUUGAAUAUGAAAAAGCUUGAUGAUGAGAUAAGAAACGAAGGUUCAAUCAAUCCCUGCGAGUUUACUGAUUUAGUCGAGAUCAAGCAGCAAGACAACUGGUCGAUUAACUCAAGGUUUAAAAUUUUCAACAUGAAACUUAUAGUGUUGCUUAACAUUUUUGUGUUACUAUCCAGUGCCGCCAAGUAUCAAGUUCCUUCAAUCAAAGCAAAUUGGCACAAAGCACAUGAGCUCUGUUCAUCUCUCGGCCAAAGGCUGGUAUCCAUAGAAUCAAGAGAUAAACAAUCUGAACUGCAAACAUUCCUCGGAACAUCGGACAAAUUCUCAGACUUCUCUAGAUUAUGGAUUGGAGCCAGUGAUUUGGCAAGACCGAAGUUUUAUUCAUGGGUUCACACUGGCCGCUUAGUGACCUACACUAAUUGGGCACCCAAUGAGCCCAACGGCGUGAAUGGCACGGAAAGAUGUAUAGAAAUCAAAUAUGACAUAAAUUUGAAUACUAACUAUCUGUGGAACGACAACAAUUGCGAAACUCCUUUCUACUUUGUUUGUGAAAAUAUUGAAAAUAAUAUAGAAGAAUUCAAAUAAACGAACAAUCAUUAACGUAAAGAAUUUCAAGAAGUCGAUUUUUUCAAUACAUUUCAAAAAUAAAGUGUUAUAUUUUUUUACAACUUUAUUUUUAAUAGAAUCUUCCGAAAUCAUUUCUAAAAUUUAAAAAUAUCUUGUGAAAAAUAGCAGCUUUUGAAUAAAAUCUGAAAAUUCAAUCUUCAAACAUUCAAUCUGAUAACUGAAAUCUGAAAUCUGAAAUCUGAAAUCUGAAAUCUGAAAUCUGAAAUCUGAAAUCUGAAAUCUGAAAUCUGAAAUCUGAAAUCUGAAAUCUGAAAUCUGAAAUCUGAAAUCUGAAAUCUGAAAUCUGAAAUCUGAAAUCUGAAAUCUGAAAUCUGAAAUCUGAAAUCUGAAAUCUGAAAUCUGAAAUCUGAAAUCUGAAAUCUGAAAUCUGAAAUUUGAAAUCUGAAAUCUGAAAUCUGAAAUCUGAAAUCUGAAAUCUGAAAUCUGAAAUCUGAAAUCUGAAAUCUGAAAUCUGAAAUCUGAAAUCUGAAAUCUGAAAUCUGAAAUCUGAAAUCUGAAAUCUGAAAUCUGAAAUCUGAAAUCUGAAAUCUGAAAUCUGAAAUCUGAAAUCUGAAAUCUGAAAUCUGAAAUCUGAAAUCUGAAAUCUGAAAUCUGAAAUCUGAAAUCUGAAAUCUGAAAUCUGAAAUCAUAAAUUUUACACCAAUUUUAACAUUUGUUGUGGUAAUUUUCAAAAAUUUCAAAAAAAAAAAUCUCUAUAUAAAUCUUCUAACUUCAACUUUCUUGGACAUUUAGUAAAUUUUUUGAACAUUUCGAUGCUGGUUUUCGAAGAUUUUGAAUAACGGAUUACUGAACUUUUGUAUGUUAAUAAAGUAUGAAAAAAAUAUUUGAGUAACAUUAAGAGGUGUUGAAAACCAUAAAUUUUGUAAAAAUUAGUGAGAAAUCAAGAGAGAGAUAUUGGUUUUAAUGAGAGGUGUCAAAUUGACACUCCAGUAACUGUAACGGGCAAAAAAUGCUGGGAUUGAUGAAGGUUGAUGUGUUAAGAAAAAAAUCUCGCUCGAUUGAGCAGGCAAGAAGAACUGAUAAGUUGUACGCUUAUGAUUGAAUCGCCGGCUCAAAAAUCAAAAUCAACUAGAAUAAUUUGAAUACACAUUGUUUUAUUUUAUUCCCGCAAAACUAUAAUCAACGACCUGGAAAACCUCUUCUAUCAGUUGUUACGCAAAACUCAAAACAUUCAACAUAAAAUAAGUUACACACCUAGGCUAGCGAACUCCAUGGUAUCAUGAUAUAAAAUUUCAAACCAAAUGAAUUGUUAUUUUUUAAAUAAAUGAUUUUUGAAAAACCAAA